GCGGCGGCAGCAUCUGUAGCAUCAGCAGCCUCGGCAGCAGCCCCCGGCGGCCUCGGGUGGGGCAGGCCGGACGGACAGACGGACAGAGGGCACCGGGGUCGGGCGGCAGCCCGGGCCGGCCAUGGAGGGCGCCUCGUUUGGCGCGGGCCGCGCGGGGGCCGCCUUGGACCCCGUGAGCUUCGCGCGGCGGCCCCAAACCCUGUUGCGGGUCGCGUCCUGGGUGUUCUCCAUCGCCGUGUUCGGACCCAUUGUCAACGAGGGCUACGUGAACGCCGACAGCGGCCCGGAGCUGCGCUGCGUCUUCAACGGGAACGCGGGCGCCUGCCGCUUCGGCGUCGCACUGGGCCUCGGGGCUUUCCUCGCCUGCGCCGCCUUCCUGCUGCUCGACAUGCGCUUCCAGCAGAUCAGCAGCGUCCGCGACCGCCGCCGCGCUGUGCUUCUAGACCUGGGCUUCUCAGGGCUCUGGUCCUUCCUGUGGUUCGUGGGCUUUUGCUUCCUCACCAAUCAGUGGCAGCGCACGGCGCCCGGGCCAGGCACCACUCAGGCGGGGGACGCGGCGCGGGCGGCCAUCGCUUUCAGCUUCUUCUCGAUUCUCAGCUGGGUGGCGCUCACCGUGAAGGCCCUGCAGCGGUUCCGCCUGGGCACAGACAUGUCGCUCUUCGCCACCGAGCAGCUGGGCGCCGGGGCGGCCCAGGCCUACCCUGGCUACCCCGUGGGCAGCGGCGUGGAGGGCACCGAGACCUACCAGAGCCCGCCCUUCACCGAGACUCUGGACACCAGCCCCAAAGGGUACCAGGUGCCCGCCUACUAGUGGUUGUUGGCAGGCUCGGGCCAGGGCUGGAAGGCCACCCCACCAACGCAGGCCUCAAGGCCUCCUGGGACCUCUGUUGGGUCCUACCUGCCCAGCGCCAGGGACAGAGAAGGUGGUCACUGUGGACCUCUGGGGCCGAGAAGGGGUAGUCUCCCUGGGGUGCCGGGCCUGUCCCCACCAAGUUCCACCAGCCUCGGGUCCCAGGCCUGAGGUCCUAAGAAGGGGACAGCACGGCCUGGAGUGGACUGGCCCUGAGAGAGGCAUUCCCUUUAUGGGGCGGCCAACCUAGGGCUCACCUGUCCACUCCAGGGUCAGAAAUCCAGCUGCCCUCCAGGGCCCAGUUCAGGGAGGGGAAGGGACACUAGCCCCACUCUGGGGGUUGUGGCCAUUGUUCACCAUCCUGUGUCCCUGUGGACCAUGACUGUCCUUGCUCCUGUCAUGUGGUCCAUCCUGUCCAGA